UAUGAACACUCUUACUCAAUAUAUAUACUUUUAAGGUUUUCUCUUCACACACAGUCCUCAAAGCAAAGAGCGAAGCUUGGGAGCUAACAGUAGAUCAGGCAAGGUGUACAAUAGAUGGAAAUUGGUAAACCUUUGGAGUGGAUUGAUCGUUGCCGCCUUUAAAAAAACAGAGAUCAGCAAUUUAAGGUUUUGUCAGAUUCACAGCUGCCAAAGCCAAACUCUGAUUAAUUAGAGGCUUUCCAGAUGGCAUCAAAUAUCACCACCACCACCACCACCUCCCAGCCAUCCUCUAUGCCCAUCAGCCACCAGGUCGGCAUCGCCAUCCUGACCCUGGCGUUUGUGCUGGGCUUCCCCGGGAACCUGUUUGUGGUCUGGUCGGUGUUCUGCCGGGUGAAGAAGCGCUCAGUGACCUGUUUGUUGGUGCUGAAUGUGGCUAUGGCGGACGCUUUCGUGCUGCUCAGCGCCCCGCUUUUCUUGCGCUACCUGGCUGGCGGACGGGGCUGGGAGUUUGGCUCGGCCGCAUGCAAGCUGGUGCAUUACCUGUCAAGUGUGAACAUGUAUGUGUCCAUUUACCUCAUCUCCCUGAUGAGCAUGGACCGCUGGCUGGCCGUAAGUCGGCCUUUUCUGUCCCAGAGAAUGAGAACCAAGCGCUGCCUGCUGAUUCUACUGCUGGUGGUCUGGGUGUUAGCGUUCCUCCUGUCACUGCCGAUGCCUUUCUACCGAAGUAAUCUGAAGAAGACCCUAUCAAACAAUAUCACCUUGAGUUAUUGUGUCCCGUACCACUGGGGGAGCACGGGUCACCGGGUCUUCCAGUACCUGUUUGAGACCAUCAUGGCCUGCCUGUUGCCUUUCUCCCUCAUCAACACCUGUUAUUCCUCCGUCAUCUGCCGUCUGCAAAGCGCCAAGUUCCAGCGCAGAGGACAAGGCAGCCGCCUCAUCCUGCUAAUCAUCUCUGCCUUUGCAGUAUUCUGGCUGCCCUAUCACAUCAUCAACAUCAUAGAGGUGGUCGGUCUGUUGCAGGGCAGUGAUUCAGUGAUCAAGACCGCCCUUGUAGCCCGUCCAAAUGUCACGGCCUUCGCCUACUUCAGCAGCGCUGUCAACCCCAUUCUCUACGUGUUCGCUGGCAGCUCCCACAUCCGCCAGGCCGGCCUUAGCUUCAUGGGCAAGCUCUUCGAGGCCACCAACUCGGAAAGCAGGAGCAUGUCUACCCGUAGCGGCCGCAUGAGCCGCAGCAGCUCUUCACCGGAUGAAAGCUCUGUCCUGCACACGCUGUCAACCAAACUGGGAAGUCCUUUCAAAGGCAAGAACAAGGAUAGGAGCAGCAGUGUGGCAGGCAAAGAGGUCGAUCAGCCUGAACUCAAGACUUUGGCCAGUGUUGAGUUGAUAGAAUAGUGCUUAAACUCCAAACCCAAGCUUUUUUUCCUUGGUCUACUUUCCCUAACUCAUUGAUUAGACACAGACUGUGUUGACUCGUAAUUUGCAUCAUCAAACUUUACUUACAUGACUUUUAUAUCAGGGAAUAUUUCAACAACUAUUGAAUGGAUUUCCAUGAAAUUUGGUACAAAAACUAAAUAAGAUGAUUUGAUGGAUUGGCGCCCAAUUUUAUACAGACAUUCAUGGUCCCCAGAUGAGGAAUCUAAUGACUUUGGUGAUCCCCUGACAUUUCCUGUAAAGCCACCACAAGGUUUAACAUUUGUGGUUGUGAAUGAAAUGCCUCGUCAACUAUUGGAUUGAUUGCCAUGAAAUUUGGUACACACAAUAACAUUUCCCUCAGGAUAGACCGCAAGAAAUGUACCCUAACUUACCCUGGUACCAUUAUCAGAUGCAAUUUAGAAUUUGUCCUGUACUUUUAUUUGUGACCAAAUACCUGCAACAUUGAUUCCCAUAAGCUGUACUUUCUGUUUAGUGCUAAAUAUUGAAUGCUUGCAUGCUAACACGCUAAGUUAAGAUCGUGAACAUUAACUUAAACCACCAAUGUGACUAAGUAGUAUGGCUGUGUCAAAAAAGGUGUUCACAUGUAAAAACCACCUUUUCUACAUGUCAAGUCUAAAAUUCAAUGUUUGACUUAGCUAUGGCAGUGACUUCAUAUACAUAAUAAUUGAUGUAUAUUUGGCUAUUUAAAUGAUCAGAUAUAUUUUGGAUGUGUGAGAAUAUUGUUUUACAUUUAAUAGUAACUUCUAUGGUCAUUAGUCAAAAAACAAAAGACAAUGUUUGUUAACGUAAUAAAGCUUUUUUAAUAUUGAA